GCCUCCACUCCACUCACCGAGCAUCUUCUUCUUCCUAUCACACGAGCUAGCUAGCAGCUGCCGCCAUUGAUCAACCGUUCGGAGCUCAACAAAACUUCAGCUCUUCAACAAUGGAGCCCAUCCCUCUCCUGACGCCGUACAAGAUGGGCCAGCUCGACCUUGCCCAUCGGAUCGUUCUGGCCCCGCUCACCCGCCAGCGCUCCUACGGCAACGUGCCGCAGCCACACGCUGCAGUGUACUACUCCCAGCGUGCCAUUGCCGGUGGGUUGCUCAUCACCGAGGCCACCGGCGUCUCCGACACGGCACAGGGAUACCGCGAUACGCCAGGCGUGUGGACGACAGAGCACGUCGAGGCAUGGAAGCCCAUCGUCGAUGCCGUGCACGCCAAGGGCGCGCUCAUCUUCUGCCAGAUCUGGCAUGUCGGCCGCGUGUCCACCUAUGAGUAUCAGCCCGGUGGGGCAGCGCCUCUGUCGUGCACGGAGAAGGGGGUGGGCCCACAGAUGAGCUAUGACGGGAGGCUGGAGGAGUUCGCGCCGCCGAGGAGGCUCAAGGUCGACGAGAUACCGGCCAUCGUCGAUGAUUUCAGGAAGGCGGCCAGGAACGCCAUUGAUGCCGGUUUUGACGGCGUGGAGAUCCAUGGGGCGAAUGGGUACCUCAUCGAGCAGUUCCUCAAGGACAGUGCGAAUGACCGCACCGAUGAGUAUGGUGGCAGCAUAGAAAACCGAUGCCGCUUUGCUCUCGAGGUGGUCGAUGCCGUUGUGAAGGAGGUUGGUGGCCACCGUGUGGGCAUCCGCCUCUCCCCCUUCACCGACUACAUGGACUGCCAUGACUCCGAUCCGCAUGCCCUUGCCCUUCACAUGUCCACAAAGCUCAACGAUUACAACAUCCUCUAUCUUCACAUGGUCGAGCCGAGGAUGGCCAUCGUCGAUGGACGACGGGUGGUCCCGAAGCGCUUGCUGCCAUACAGGGAAGCGUUCAAUGGUACAUUUAUGGCCAAUGGCGGGUAUGACCGCGAGGAAGGGGGCAAGGUGAUUGCAGAGGGAUACACUGAUUUGGUCUCCUUCGGGCGAUCGUUCCUCGCGAACCCAGACCUGCCAAAGAGGUUCGAGACCGAUGCGGAGCUAAACAAGUACGAUAGGAUGACCUUCUACAUCUCCGACCCUGUCGUCGGUUACACCGACUACCCCUUCCUCGAGUAAUAGUUGAUGGAGGUUUUUUGUUCAGUGAUGCAAUUAAUUGUACCACACAUCCUUAAUUAAAUGUAUCGUGUAAGUGUUGUGUUUUAUCCAGGAACAAACCAUGUAUGAUUGCUGCUGCUAGCUUCAAAUAAAUAGUGCAAUUGGGGUGGCGCCACCCAUUAUGCA